AAUUUUAUCUUUUUGUUUUAAUUAGAAGAAAAAGUAUAGAGAAGCAAUUAAUAUGGAUUUGAAAUUCUAGUGACUUUGCAAAGAAAAAAGUAAAAAAAAAAAAUGACACUGAACUUUUUUCUUCUCUUCUUCAUCCUCCUCCGUGUCUCCGCCGGAGCAGAGCCAAAUUACUUCAACUCCUUACUUCCUUCCGACGCCGUUGCUUUACUCUCUUUCAAAUCCACCGCCGAUCUCGACAACAAGCUCUUGUAUUCACUCACCGAGCGUUACGACUACUGUCAAUGGCGUGGCGUCAAAUGUGCACAAGGUCGUAUCGUUCGUCUUGUUCUCUCCGGCGUUGGUCUCCGUGGCUACUUCUCUUCUGCAACUCUUAGCCGUCUUGACCAGCUCCGAGUUCUGAGUCUCGAGAAUAACUCGCUCUUUGGUCCGAUUCCUGAUCUUUCACAUCUCGUUAACCUCAAAUCUCUCUUCCUUAGCCGGAAUCAGUUUUCCGGUACUUUCCCUCCGUCGAUUCUCUCUCUUCACCGGUUAAUGAUUCUCUCGCUUUCUCGUAACAACUUCUCCGGUUCGAUUCCGACUGAGAUCAACGCUCUUGACCGGUUAACUUCAUUGAAUCUCGAGUUUAACCGGUUUAACGGAACUCUCCCGCCGUUAAAUCAGUCGUUUCUAAUAUCCUUCAACGUUUCCGGUAACAAUCUCACCGGAGUUAUCCCCGUCACACCGACUCUAUCACGAUUCGAUGCGUCGUCGUUUAGGUCUAACCCUGGACUCUGCGGUGAGAUCAUAAACCGAGCUUGCGCUUCACGCUCGCCGUUCUUUGGUUCCACUAACAAAACGACGUCGUCGGAACCUCCGUUAGGACAAAGUGCUCAGGCGCAGAACGGUGGUGCGGUGAUUAUUUCUCCGGUGGUUACGAAGAAGAAAGGUAAAGAGAGUGGUUUAGUUCUUGGUUUCACCGCUGGUCUCGCUUCACUUAUUGUUCUUGGUCUUUGCCUCGUUGUGUUCUCUCUGGUGAUUAAGAAACGUAACGACGAUGGAAUCUAUGAACCAAAUCCAAAAGGAGAAGCUUCGUUAUCCCAACAACAACAACAAUCACAAAACCAAACUCCAAGAACAAGAACUGUUCCGGUUUUGAAUUCAGAUUCCGAAUCUCAUAAACGAGACAAAGAUGUUCAGUUUCAAGAAACAGAGCAGCAACUACAAAGCCGAAUACCAAAUAGUGGGAAUUUAGUAUUCUGUGGAGAAUCAAGAAGUCAAGGAAUGUAUACAAUGGAGCAGCUAAUGAGAGCUUCGGCGGAGUUAUUGGGAAGAGGAUCAGUGGGGAUUACGUAUAAGGCGGUUCUUGAUAAUCAGCUUAUUGUAACGGUGAAGAGACUAGACGCGGCUAAAACGGCGGUGACUAGUGAAGAAGCGUUUGAGAAUCAUAUGGAGAUUGUUGGUGGACUUAGACACACCAAUCUUGUUCCGAUUAGAGCUUACUUUCAAUCUAAUGGGGAGAGACUCAUUAUCUAUGAUUAUCAUCCUAAUGGUAGCUUAUUCAAUCUCAUUCACGGUUCAAGAUCUUCAAGAGCUAAGCCAUUACAUUGGACAUCAUGUUUAAAGAUUGCAGAAGAUGUAGCUCAAGGCUUAUAUUACAUCCACCAAACAUCAUCAGCAUUAGUCCAUGGAAACCUAAAAUCCACAAACAUUCUCUUAGGACAAGACUUUGAAGCCUGUUUAACAGAUUACUGCCUCAGUGUCUUAACAGACUCUUCCUCUGCUUCACCUGAUGAUCCUGACUCAUCCUCCUACAAAGCUCCUGAGAUCAGAAAAUCAUCACGUAGACCAACUUCCAAAUGUGAUGUUUAUUCGUUUGGUGUCUUAAUCUUUGAGCUUUUGACUGGUAAGAACGCAUCGAGGCAUCCGUUUAUGGCGCCUCAUGAUAUGCUUGAUUGGGUUAGAGCAAUGAGAGAAGAAGAAGAAGGAACAGAGGAUAAUAGGCUUGGGAUGAUGACUGAAACAGCUUGUCUUUGCCGUGUAACAUCACCAGAGCAAAGACCAACGAUGAGACAAGUGAUUAAGAUGAUUCAGGAGAUUAAGGAGAGUGUUAUGGCUGAAGAGAACGAUCCGUUCCGGUGAAAACGAAACUUCGUAGGUAUCCUCCGAACAAUUUUCUCAAGGGAGGGGGUUAUUUUAGAGAAAUGAGAAUAUAGGUGCGUAAAAUGU